AGUCACUCAGGAGCUGUGCAGAGGACCUGUUAGAUCUGAAGGGAUUACUAAGGACUCCUGACUUUAUGACAACAACCGGAGCUGUCGUGCGUAAGGAACAACACGGAUGAUGCGUGUUGCGCUUCAGCCGUUCAAUGACAGAAGAGACGCGCAGAAGAAGAGAUGGGAACCGCUGCUGGACUUUUACCUACCCUGCUAUGGGGGAAAUGUAGUAGGUACUCCAUGUGGGCUGUACCUGUAGUGGUGGCUGUGGUUCAGCUUUGCACUGCUUUCAACUUGGACACAGAGUCACGCGUGGUUUUCACAGGACCGCAGGGGAGUUAUUUCGGAUACUCUGUGGAGUUCUUCGGUAACUCAUCCAGUACCAGUAUUUUGAUCGGGGCUCCGAAGGCUAACACCAGCCAGCCCAACAUCACUGAAGGAGGAGCGGUGUACCUGUGCCCCUGGAGCCAAGCUAACUGCAGCCUAAUCAACUUUGACAAGCAAGGUGAUCGAUAUUUUUAUAUAAAUGAUGUGAAUACUCAGGUUGAGUUCAAGUCCCAUCAGUGGUUUGGAGCAACUGUGCGAUCUCAUGGCAACAGUGUCCUGGCUUGUGCUCCUGGGUAUUACUGGAGGACUGAACACGACGCACCCUUUGCUGAUGUGACAGGAACCUGCUACCUCUCUGUAGACAGCCUUAAAACGUUUGUUGAGUACGCCCCUUGCCGAACAGAACGACAUGGACCUGCUGGACAGGGCUAUUGUCAGGGCGGAUUUAGUGCAGACUUCACAAAGGAUGGGAGAGUUGUGCUUGGAGGACCAGGCAGCUUUUACUGGCAAGGUCAGCUGAUCUCAGCCACCACAGAGGAGAUUGUUAAGGCCUACUACCCCUCUUACUUUCUGCUGUCAGUCAACGGACAGAUUCAGACUCGACAGGUGCAGGGGAGCUACGAUGACAGCUACAUGGGUUACUCUGUGGCUGCUGGCGAGUUCAGUGGGGAUGAUGAGGAAGAUUUCAUCACAGGCGUUCCUAAAGGACUCAUGCUGUAUGGAGUAGUGUCCAUAUUAAAUGGAGGAGAUAUGACGUCUCUGUUCAACUUGGCAGGAGAGCAGAUGGGGUCCUACUUCGGCUAUGCAGUGGCAUCCACUGACAUCAACAGCGACGGUUUGGAUGACCUUGUGGUGGGAGCUCCAAUGUUCAUGCGCCGAGGGUCCAGUGGGCGCCUGGAGGAGCUGGGUAAGGUGUAUGUAUAUCUUCAGAGAGAACCUCUUCUGCUGGAGCCCGGUCGGUCCCACCUCCUGGGUCAACAGGCCUAUAGCUGGUUUGGCUCCUCGCUGGCUCCUCUGGGUGAUCUCAACCAGGAUGGAUUCAAUGACAUGGCUAUCGGCUGUCCCUACGGAGGAGACAACCAACACGGGGUGGUUCUUAUUUACAACGGUCACACAGGAGGUUUGAUGGACACACCCACUCAGACUCUGUCCGGCCAAUGGGCUUCCAGCUCCUUCCCUGCCAGCUUUGGAUAUGCUCUGAGAGGAAACAGAGACCUGGAUCAGAAUGGAUACCCAGAUCUGAUUGUUGGUGCGUUUGGGGUUGAUAAAGCUGUGUUAUACAGGGCUCGGCCAAUAGUGAGCGCCAGUGCCUCUCUUACCGUGCAGCCCACCAUGUUCAACCAGGAGGAGAAGACGUGUGAGCUGUUCACAGAGACUGGGACCAUUGCUGUGUCCUGUGUCAGCAUCGGGUUCUGCCUGCAGGCUAAUGGGAAGCACCUCCCCUCUGAUCUAGGCUUCAUGGUGGAGGUUCAGUUGGACAGUGGGAAGCAGAACCAGAAAGAGUCCAUCAGGAGGACUCUGUUCUUAGACAGCCAGCAGAGCAGCCUGCUGAAGACCUUUAAACUCGCCGUUGGAGACCGCUCGUGCCAUGAAGCAAAGAUCUACCUGCGGGGUGAAGAUGAGUUCAGGGAUAAACUCUCUCCCAUUUUCAUCAGCCUGACCUUCAGUCUGGAUCCCCAUGCUUCUGUGGACCAGCACGGUCUCAGACCAGUCCUGAAUUAUCAGACUGAACAGCCUAUAGAGCAAAAGGCCCAGAUUCAGCUCGAUUGCGGAGAGGACAACAUCUGCGUCCCUGACCUCAAGCUGGCUGUUUAUGGUGACAGACAUGAGGUCUACCUGGAAGAUGAGAACUCCUUGAGUCUGACCUUCAGUGCCAGAAACGAGGGAGAGGGAGGGGCGUACGAGGCAGAGCUCUAUGUGGUGCUCCCCCCACAGGCUGACUACAGCGGGAUCGCACGCAACAAUGUGAGCUUGACUGAGCUGACGUGCAGCUAUGAAGCAGAAAACCAGACCCGCUAUCUUGUGUGUGAUCUGGGAAACCCCAUGAAGUCUGGGACCAGUUUGUUGGCAGGCCUUCGAUUCACCGUCCCCAGACUCAAGGACACUGAGAGCACCGUACAGUUCGAGCUCCAGAUACGGAGUAAAAAUGCGAAUAACUCAGAGAGUGAAGUUGUGCUGUUGGAGCUGGAGGUGGCUCCGAUGGCUGAUGUCAUUCUGCAGGGUGUUUCUCGUCCAGACAAAGUGUUUUUUCCUCCUCCAAACUGGGCUGUCAGUCAGAGUCUGAGGGAGGAGCAGGACGUCGGCCCUGAGAUCCUGCAGGUCUAUGAGUUGUUGAAUAACGGUCCCAGUGCGGUCAGCCAGUCCACCUUAAAGGUGAGCUGUCCUCUGAGGGCUCAAGGCCAGGAGCUGCUCUACCCUGUGCAAGUGAUCACUGAGGGGCCGCUGAGCUGCUCCUCCAAGCUUACGUUAAACGCACUGCAACUCAAGCUCCAGCCUCCAGUAGAAGACGGUCCCAGUUUACUGAAAUCCAACACUGAGCACCAAAUCCACAGGAGGGAGGUGAACAGAGACGCUCUGUCUGAACAAGGAAACCUGACCUGCUCCACAGUGGAGUGCUGGCAGCUGCAGUGUGACGUGGGGCUGCUGGGGAGAGGAUCCAGUGUCAUCCUGACUGUGCGCUCCAGACUGUGGGCUGAGACCUUCAUCGAGAGGGUUUACAAGCAGUAUGUUCUGGAGUGCUCCGUUCAGUACAACGUCAACAAGAUGCCUUAUUCUAUUCCUCCCAAGGUCAAGCCGUCCGGGUCCCAGAUGGUGGUGACGGCCGUGAUGUGGAACAAGCCGGACAGUUUGUUUUAUGUUCCAGUGUGGAUCAUCAUCCUGGCCAUUCUAGCUGGGCUGCUGUUACUCUCCUUGCUCAUAUAUCUACUAUACAAGAUGGGCUUUUUUAAACGGUCAGAUCCAUACGGUACGACCAUGGAGAAGGCCCAGCUCAAACCCCAGGCGUCCUCCGAGGCGUAGACCCAAGCCUCCUCCCUGCAGCUGUCCUACAAAACUGGAAUUAUCCCAAACAAACAAGGAAACUUGCAAAUGAUCAACAGGCAACCCAUUUAUGAAGGGACAGAUAUGGGAUGCUGUAUCACUGGAAUACACAAAAUCUGGUGCUGCACUAAAACGCCAAAGCAGAAAGGACUGCAAGGAUCAUGCAGUUGAAUAUGCACUGCUGUUAGAGACAUGCAUUUGUACAAUCAGAGCGACAAACAUGAGGCAGAAGCUCUCCUCUGAAGCCCAUCUAUGUUGAGAACUGCUUCAACUUGAAUAUCAGUUUCUGUUAAUCUGGGAAAAAUGGACGUCACAGCUGAUACAGGAUCAAAACUGAACCUCAAACAAAAGGCACUCAAGCUUCAAAAUGUUGUCUCUCUCAAACGUUUGUUCAAAACUGUGGCAUUUCAUAUUUCCAAAACUCCUGCUUCUGUAUGAUUUAUACACCACUGUUGAAUACAUCUUUGAUGAUGCUACAUACUUCAGUCAUGACUGCAUGGCUGUGGCUUUCAGCCUGGAGAAGAUAUCUUCAGGUGGUGUCCAACCUUCACUGGGCGUUUCGACCCUAAACCACAACGCCAUCCAGUUGGCGGGUCCAGCAGUGAUGGACAGUCACUGCCCAUCUUCUCCUGGCCCCCAGCUCAACUCCUUCCUCCUAUUCCAGAGCCAACAAGAUGCUCUUUCCCAACCUGCGGACAGCUGUCUUCCUCUCCCCUCCUGCUACUCCCAGCGCUGAGUGUCUUCCACACAGACUGUGCCGGGAAACCCCUGCACCUGACCUCAACUGGGAAUAGCCAGGCCUGCCAUCCCUUGUCCCUGCAAUGCUGGACAAGGUCCUGGUACUUGGAGGCCUCCCAUACGCCUCCUCACAACCAUCUUCCCACGGGACCGUCAGUUCGAUAAGGAUGAUCUUUUUUGACUCCUCUGACCAUAAGACCAAGUCGGGCCACAAUGAUGUUUGCACAAACCGGGGGAAGACUAGUCUCCUUCCCAGGUCCACUCUCAUCUUCCACGAUUGUGCUGCUUGGAGAAGGCCCUUCUUGAUCUUCUUGGGGGCUGGGGGUUUCUGCCCUUCCCUACUUUCCUGAUGAACUGUAUGGAUGGUGUAGGUCUCUCAUUGGUCUGCCGCUUUUUCAGUCCCUCUCGCUCCAAGGUGUCGGCCAGUGCACAGAGGACCUUGUCGUGACAUCUGUAUUUUCCCUGGUUAAGAGCAGUCUUGCAUCCCGCCAGUAUGUGACCACAAACAAAAGGCACUCAAGCUUCCAAAUGUCUUCUCUCUCAAACGUUGUUCAAAACUGUGUUUGCAAUGUGGACAUUUCAUAUUUCCAAAACUCCUGCUUUUGUAUGAUUUAUACACCACUUGUUAUUUAUGGCACAGUGUUAUUGCUCUUAGUUGUUGAAUUUUGUGUUGUCUGCAGGACAAUGAUGAAACUGCAAUGUUUAACUUGAAUUCUUCCUCUCCCAUAUUGGGAGGUAUUUGUGUCUGUUAUGUAAUGUUUAUUGUGCUUUGACCCACUGGUGUCCAGAAUAAAGCCUUAUUUUGUAUAUCCA